GGAAUUUGAAUCCUGUUUGAAGGGGGGAGAGAGGGACGAGGAAAGAGCCAGGGGAAUGUUUGAGUGAGUCUGAGGGAACCGGUGGGCUGAGAGAGAUUUGGACGAAAGACUGCAGGGAGCACUGGUUUAAAAAUACUCCAUCGGUUGCUGGAAAUAGACUGAACAACUUAAUCUGAAAGACUCGGUGCGCCUUUUACGCAGCGCUUUUUUUUUUGGGUAACUAGAAGUUUGGUGGACACUACUUCGCAUUGGGAUCAACCAAAACAACAGCAGGAGGGGGAGAAGCAACAAGACUUUACAGCAGCUCUCUCUCUCUAAAAAAAAAAACUGUCUGUCUCAUUAAAAGAGGAACUGAAACGACGGGAUCCGGUUUGCUUCGGUCCCAUUUGUGGAUAAUCACUUUUCAACUUUUUUCAGCGCAACAACUUUGGAUCUUUGAGCUGCUGAGAUGCGGUGAUGGAGUCCGGUGAUGUUUCCAAGAUGACUCCCCUUCUUCAGAAGCGUAUUCUCAGAGGUGAUCUCCUCUCAAGAAAAGCCAUGAGCUGGUCCAGAUGGUCCUAUUUGAUCGUCCUCGUCACUUUUACAGUUUGGAGGGCAGCAGCCGCCGACACGCUGACAGAUUUGGAGUUUGAGCGGAGUCCCACUACAGUCAUCUCUUCGCUGGGCAGACCUGUUACAAUGCAGUGCACCCUGAAAGGUAAAGGGGGUGAGGAAGAAGACCUCCCAGAUGUGCUCUGGCUGCGAGAGAGUGUGCCUCUUCAGUACGCAGACACCAACCAGUUCCAGGUCCACACUGGCAGCAACAGUUGGACGGUGAUUAGCACGCUCAGUAUUGAGAAAGUCCAACUCCCUGACAUGGGAUCCUAUCGAUGUGCUGUCAAGACGGAAAGUGGCCAGACGUUGUCCGAGGAGGGGAGCAUUCAGCUGGAGGGCCUUCCUCAUUUCUCUGUGGAGCCUCAGCACAUGUCUGUAGUGGCCAACAUAUCCCUGAGUCUGAGUUGCGUGGCCCACGGACCUCCAGAGCCUGUCAAGGUCAUCUGGCUGCAGGAUGGCGCUCCCCUCAACACCCUGACGGACCCAGUGGCCCUGUCACCCUCCACGCUCAACCUCACAGGUUUGAACAGGACCAGCACCUUUUCUUGUGAGGCCGUUAACGACAAAGGCGUGGCCACCUCUGGAUCUGGUACCAUCACUGUUCUGCCAUCCCAGCCUCAGAAUCUGAAAGCUGUGGAGAUCACCCAGACCAGUCUCCGUGUGUCAUGGCAGCCCGGUUUUGGAGGCGACUACCCGAUAAUCCGUUGCUCUGUUCAGGCCAAACAUUCUGGAGAGUCCUACACAGCGGGCCCGGACCAGAUGAUACACAACCAGAAUGUGAACAUCCCACCAGCCACGCACCUCAUCGGGGACCUGGAGCCCCACAGCCUCUAUGCCGUCAGGGUGGCCUGUCACAGCAGCCAGGGGCCGUCUGACUGGUCGCCCUGGCUGGAGCUCCGCACCAAAGAAGGAGUGCCAGAAAAUCCACCUGUUAACGUGACGGCGGUGCUAAACGGGACGGAGGUGCUGAUGACGUGGGAGGGGCCCACGGGAAAGCUGAACGGAGAGCUGCAGGGCUACAUGGUGGAGUACAGCACACCCGCCGCACAGCAGUUUGUUGUGGAUACUGGAUUGGACAGUGAGCUGUCAAUCAAUCUGUCCGUCCCCCUGUCCAAUGUGUCUUUUCGAGUGUGUGCCUACACAGGGGCGGGGCAAGGACCCUGGACCCCGACGCAGACUCUGACGCUUAUUACCCCUGAAAUGGAAGAAUUCAGAGGUCCGUCCUCGCCCCCGGCCUUUUCCUGGCACUGGUGGUAUGUGGUGAUGGCCAUCGCCGGCGCUGUGUCCAUAGCUGUGCUCAUGGCUGUUUACGUGGCCAAGCUGCGGCGCAAGGAGACACGCUUUGGAGAGGCGUUCGAACCCAUGAUGGAGAGCGGAGAGCUGGUGGUCAGGUAUCGCGCUCGCCGCACCUACAGCCGCAGGACCACGGAAGCCACAUUGAACAGCCUGGGCAUCAGCGACGAGCUGAAGCAGAAGCUCCAAGACGUAAUGGUGGACAGACAUAAACUGACCCUGGGGAAGACUCUGGGAGAAGGAGAGUUUGGCUCUGUGAUGGAAGGCCUGCUCACUCAGGAGGAGUCAGUUCUCAAAGUUGCUGUCAAGACUAUGAAGAUUGCCAUCUGUACCCGCUCAGAGAUGGAAGAUUUUCUUCGCGAGGCUGCCUGCAUGAAAGAGUUUGACCACGCCAAUGUCAUGAGGCUUCUCGGUGUGUGUCUGCAGACUGUUGAGAGUGAAGGCUACCCCUCCCCCGUGGUCAUCCUGCCCUAUAUGAAACAUGGAGACCUGCACAGCUAUCUGCUGUACUCGCGGCUGGGAGACUGUCCUGUGUACCUCCCAUCUCAAAUGCUGGUCAAGUUCAUGACUGACAUUGCCCGAGGAAUGGAGUACCUCAGCAGCAAGAACUUCAUCCACAGAGACCUCGCUGCUCGCAACUGCAUGCUGAAUGAGAACAUGAACGUAUGCGUGGCCGACUUCGGCCUCUCCAAGAAGAUCUACAACGGAGACUACUACAGGCAGGGCCGCAUCUCGAAGAUGCCUGUCAAAUGGAUCGCCAUCGAAAGCUUGGCUGACCGCGUCUACACCACCAAGAGUGACGUGUGGUCGUUUGGAGUCACCAUGUGGGAGAUCGCCACGCGGGGCCAGACUCCGUACCCCGGGGUCGAGAACAGUGAGAUUUAUGAUUACUUGAGACAAGGAAACCGUCUCAAACAGCCUCCAGACUGUCUGGACUGCAUCUACUCCCUGAUGUUCUCGUGUUGGCUACUGAGCCCAAAGGAUCGUCCAUCAUUUGAGUCUCUGCGCUGUGAGCUGGAAAAAGCCCUCGAGGAUCUGCCGGAUCCCCAGGACCCAGAUGAGAUCUUGUACGUCAACAUGGACGAGUCCCCCAUGGAGCUCGGGGCCGUCGGUGGCCGAGACCCCAUCGGAGGGCCGUCCCCUCUCUGCCUGAAGGGCCUGGACUCUGUGACCACAGUGGAGGUCCACCAGCCGAACCGCUACGUCCUCUGUCCCCAGCACGAGACCAACCGAGCCCUCUCCGACUCCCUGGAGAGCCUGGACAUGCUGGUGUCGUCCUCCACAGCCACGCUGCCUCUACAACCAUCCUGCCACUCCACUCCCAACCCCACCCCAGCUCCCACCCCAACAGUCGAGCUGCUGGAGGACAGGGAAGGGUCCAGGAAGUUGCCCUGGCAAUGACGGCUUCACUCUUUUAAAAAAACAAAAAAAAUGACAAGACUCAUCACUGCCAAAGUGUGCCAUCCUUUCUCCCUAGUCCAAGAUCAAGAUCCAGCCUCUUGCUACUGACUGUAAGAAACUUAACGUGCCCUUACAAACGUAUUUUGCACAAAUACACACACAGACGAAGGCAUUCCAAGGAAGUGAAGGAUUAUUCCUUUGUCAAGCCCCUCUCUUCUAAAAUUAACACAUUACCAAGUGAGUAAUGCAGUAACACUGCAGCACAAUCAGAGAAAUGCAUUCCCAGUCGCUAUAGCAAUAAAAUACCAACUACCUGUACACAGCAGAGUGAUCUCCUUCACGCAUUAAGCUAAAAACAAAACAAAAAAAAUCAAACGUCUCUGUGAAACCAGCUUCACACACUGCCAGAAUCUACAACCAAACAAACUCAGGAGCUUUACAGUGAGUGCGUCCCUGCUCCCGUGCAACUCGGAGCAAACAGAACUUGGAGGAUCGUUGGGGAGCGGCGGUGUCUCUUUCACUGAAGGUGAAGACAACGGGCUGCUCUAAGGUUUAUGGAGUAUGAAGGACAAUAAGAGUUGCAGUUAGUUUGAGCUUCAGACAGAUGUUUCUCUGCCUUCUCUUCUUCACUGCCCACAGGAAAUCAGUCAUAGUAACUAAAGGAGAUAACCAAAUCUGGCAACUUUUGUGUGAAUCUGUUCUGAAUGAGAAACCUCCGUCACAUUCAUCAAAGCCUGAUGUAGCGCUCUAACGGUUUUACACUGCUAGUUGUGCAUUAAGCACCGUGAGCUGUUUCCUCACCGACGAGGUGAGACGCCUGUAUGUACAUCUUUGUCAUAACUCAGGAAGCUGAGGCUCAACAGGGACAGAGGUACUGGUCAAACCAAGAGGGUACAAAUAAUCAGAUGUAGGUGGAAGGACUGAGGGGAGGUACGGACAUGAUGGAGUUACCCAAGGCAAACGGCGGGAUAAGCUCCUCACCUUUGCUUUUGGCUUAAGCACAGUGUUAUUACACAUUAAUUUUUUUUAUGCUGAUUUUUGUAUUUUCUACAACUUUGCACUAAUGUUUUUUUUAUAUCAAUGUAUGUUUGUUUAUAAUUUGUAUAUCUUUUUUACGCUUUCUUGUGUUUUGUCAUUUCUUUCUGGACAUUCUCGGUCAUCCCAUCCUUUAAAAAAAUCAGUCCACGUGUAACAACAUGUAUGUUCAUGUUUGAAGGCAGAGAGCGAAGCCUGUGGAUGUGUUUUUUUUCCCGUAAAAAUGAGCAAACACCCGGACGCUGGGAAACAUGACUAACCUCAUCGUCUUACAUCAUCCUGCCACUCGCUCAUUCUGGGAUAUUUUUGUUCCUUGGAGGUUUAGCACUGUAAAUAAAAGUCUGUAACCGGCGGCGGAGUCGAUGGAAACAACUUCUGCUCCAACAAAAUUCACCAGCUGAAACUUUGCAUCAUGCAUGCACUUAUUUUUUUAUAUCUACAUAGUUUUGUCAUUGGAAAUGGACCAUAUUCCAACACACAUUUGUUUGAACGAGGCGCUGUGUUUCUCAGAUGUAUGCAUCAAAGGUACUUAUAUAUACAGUGAUAGUUUAUACCUGUAGCAUUACUGAAAUUCCUUGUUAAGAUAAAGUGUACAUUUCUUGCAAUACCUUUGGUACUGUAUACUCAGUGAUAGUCUUACAUUGUUUGUGAACCACAGAGGAUGAUGCUGAGACUGAGGUCUGCAGAUACACCUCUUGUAUUAUAGCAGUACGUAUCUGGAAAAAACAAAAACAAAACUGAUCUUACAAGCAGAUUCCAGCAAAAGUUCAGCUUUGAAUCUGAAAGAAUUUCACAACUUUACCUUCAGUGCCUUCAGAGAGCCAGUAUUUGUAUGUAGAUCUACAUACAGUAGAUGUGUGUGUGUCUCGGUGUGUUGAAUUGGGAGAAGACUGUACUAUAAUUGCCUUUAUAUUGUCACUGUCAUGAUUUGUAAACAAGUUUUUAUACAGUACCUACAGUAUUUUGUAUAAGAAAUAAAUGUGUUCGUCAUGAA